CUGAAGCUCCAGCACCUAGAUUUCUGGGCCGGCCUCCAUGGCCAGGUCCCGGGAUUGCUGGACUGGGACAUGGGGAACGAGUGCUUUCUGGCUUUCACCACUACGCACCUGCCCUUAGCGGAACAAAACCUUGCCAGAUAUAAACUCCGAAUAGUUGAGCCACCAAAACUACCUCUGGAAAAAAAACCCAACCCUGAUAAAGAUGGUCCAGAUUUCGAGCCCAACCUGUGGAUGUGGGUAGACCCCAACAUCGUGUUCCCCCCUGGAAAGCUGGAGGUCCGAGAACCCAGUAAGGGGAAGAAUCUGACAAGCAUAGUCCCUUCCCCUCAGCCACCCCCAAAAGAAGAGGACUUUGCCAAAUGCCCACAGGCCACAGUGGUGGAGUCACCAUCACUUUCUGGAGACCAGUAUCCCCCUCGGAAGCGGUUUGCCUCUUCCAACAGCAACUGGGAGCUCACAGAAGAGAAGGAGGCUGAGGACCAGGAUGACAGCUCCUCUGUGGCUCUCCAGUCCCCUCACAAAAGGGCCCCCCUCCAGAGUCGGAGGCUUCGGCAAGCCAACAGCCAGGAGGGGGGGCUGUGGUCCCGGCCCCCUCUCAAUUACUUCCACCUAAUUGCACUGGCAUUAAGAAACAGUUCCCCCUGUGGCCUCAACGUGCAACAGAUCUACAGUUUCACUCGACAGCAUUUCCCCUUUUUCCGGACGGCUCCUGAAGGCUGGAAGAAUACCGUGCGUCACAAUCUCUGUUUCCGAGACAGCUUUGAGAAAGUGCCGGUCAGCAUGCAGGGUGGCGUCAGCACACGGCCCCGAUCCUGCCUCUGGAAGCUGACCGAUGAGGGACACCGCCGCUUUGCAGAGGAGGCCCGCGCCUUGGCCUCCACUAAGCUGGAAACUAUCCAACAGUGUAUGAGCCAGCCAGAUGUGAUGCCCUCCCUCUUCGACCUUUAG